AAUAAAACCAUCCUUUUAGCACUGAAGACAUCUAAAGAAUUCUUUCUUGACUGUUCACUCCCAAACCUCAACAUUUCACAUCAGUGACAAUGAGAUCUCUGUGGCUGCUCAGAACCCCCUUCAUAUGUGGCCUGCUCUGGGCUUUUUGUGCUCUGGGUACCAGGGCUGAGGAGCCAGGGGCAAACUUCUCCCAUCCCAACAGCAUGGGCCUGGAUAAGAACACAGUGCAUGACCAAGAGCAUAUCAUGGAGUAUCUAGAAGGUUUCAUCAACAAACCAGAGGUAGAGAUGUUCCCACAGGCACUGCAGCUCCAUUAUUUCAAACUGCAUGAUUAUGACAGCAAUAUUUUGCUUGACAGCCUAGAACUUUCCACAGUCAUUGAGGGCAUCCAUAAGGAGGAAAAGGAACAGGCACCACCAAUGAGUGAAGCUGAACUGAUUAACUUAAUAGAUGGUGUUUUGAGAGAGGAUGACAAGAACAAUGAUGAAUGUACUGACUGUGCUGAAUUUGCCAAAUCACUGAAAUAGACCUUGCUUGGCCAUCUAGUUAUAUGCAAAUGUGACCCAUUAUAAUGCGGCUGAACACUUUUGGUCAUGCGAAAUAACACAUUUCCAACUACUGCUAACUGCAUUUUGGUAAAAACCUGUAGCAGUUUGCUACGCUGGGUUAAGAAACAGAAAUCAAGAGAAACAGAAGAGAAAUGGGACAUAUUAUACUCCCCAAGUACUGUUAAAUCUCUUA